AUGUGGACUGAACUCAUCUUCAUCGCAUUGAUUUGGGGAAUAUUUUUGCCAGGUAAUUCGCAACCAGCUGAUUUUUCUUUUGAUCCGCUAAGAAGUCCAAAGCGCGAACAUAUCGUUCAUAAUCGUGUAACGAAAAUAGGAUCCUACGAUGUCCUGCAGGAAAAAUGUCUGUUUACGCCCAGUUACGGAACUUGUAAGAAGGGCCUUAGAGUAUAUGGCUACAGCAUUAUUACCAAUCGAUGCGUCCGAUACUUUUAUAGUGGUUGCGGGGGGAAUCCCAAUAGGUUUGCUACUCUACACGAAUGUCGGAAGACUUGUCAUGUCAUUGGCAAGAGGUCAACUGGAAAUGAAACAGACUAUUUUAAAGAUACCAUAGAAACUGAAACAAUAAAUAGCACAACGUUGAGAAUUUAA